GACAGCGCCCGCGAAGCGCGUUUCCACUCGCACGGGGCGGUCUGCGGACAGCGCUGUCCCAGGCGCCCAGGCCCCCCCCUGGGGUGUGUGCAAACCCGCGAAGCCAAGACCCCCGUGGUCCCAGGCCUCGGGUGACAUCAGAAGGGCAGACCCGUUGUCCAAGGAGCGAUUUGGCGAGAGCGAGGCUGACACUCCGCGGGGCUGGGGAGGCUUGGCUAACUCAAUCAGAGCUGGGCGAGCAACUUCUCUUUUGUAAUCCUUGCUGGUCUGACAGGCUCCUGCAGUUACAUCACUUCCUAAAAACAGGCAAACACCUCUCCUUCAAGUGAGCACCGACCCAAACGAGCAGGAAACAGGAAAUGUGCGCGGUGGUGGAGGCCGGAGGGAGCGCAGGACACCCCCGGGAGCUGACAUGAGCGCCCCGCACGCCGCCGCCUGCCUCGGGGUCCUGGGCCUCGCGUUGGGCCUCGCAGCCCACCAGGGUAAUUGCAAAGACGUAGAAUAUUCAGGAAAUGGUUUGCAGGAAGAUAACAAAACCAAUGAAGAGACCACAUUAAACACAUUUCUUGCAGUGACCCCAGAAGCGAUUACCGCAGAUACAAAUUCUACCCACCUCGGCGAGGAUUCAGAUCAGCUGGAGUUUGUAUUAAUGGUGUUGAUCCCAUUGAUUCUGUUGGCCCUCCUAUUUGUAUGUGUGGCACUGCUUGCAACAUACUAUAAAAGAAAGAGAACUAAACAAGAGCCUUCUAGUCAGGGAUCUCAAAGUGCUUUGCAAACAUGUGAACUGGGCGGAGAAAACCUCAAAGUCCCUAUUUUUGAAGAGGACACUCCAUCUGUCAUGGAAAUAGAGAUGGAAGAGCUUGAUAAGUGGAUGAACAGCAUGAACAGAAGUGCCGACUGUGAAUGUCUGCCUACUGUGAAGGAAGAAAAGGAACCAAACCACAACCCAAGGGAGCUGUUCUAGUCCUCUGCAGCCCUGGAUCUACCAGACUUUAACUCACAGGACAUUGGCUGGGGUUCACAUCCUUCAGGUCCGAGAAGCCAGCAACAGUGUCUCAGAGCUGAGAGAGGCAGGUCUUUGGGUCACGGAUAUUAGCACCUCAUCUUUUGGAUCAUCUUUCUUUUCUGUCAUAAUUUCAUUUACAUUUCUGGCUUACAUUAAUGAUCAGUAAAACAUUUAUUUUGGAUGUUUAAUCUGGAACAGAAUAAGGUUUGCUUUUUUGGGGGAAAAGCUUGAGAAUUGUUGGACAUCCAGAUGGAAAGCAGGUUGGUCAUUGGACUCAGAGGCAAAGGAUGGCUUUUCAGCCCUGAUGUGAAUGCUCAUUAGUUCUUUAGAGUAAGAAAAGUUCUGUUGGCUCUGAGCUGCCAUUUCCUGGUCUUGAAAAAUGGAAAUAAGGACACUGGGCCUUCUAGUUUCCUCAGAUCGGAUUGUAUGAGAGACUAAAACCACUAUUUAAAAUUUAAAGCAUCAUGCAAAUGAAACGAAUUCCUUUUAUGGCAUGGCAAUAGUUCUUUCUUCUCUCUCAUGGGUUUUUAAAAAUAUUAUUAUGUAGAGCAGUUUUAGGUUCACAGCAAAACUGAGCAGAAAGUACAGAGAAUUCCCAAUAUGUCUUAGUUAAGUUUCUUGUCACUGGGACUCAGUACCCCACACAACAAAUUAAAGGACAGGUUUAUUUUGGUGCAUGGGUUUAGAGGUUUCAGUUCUUAGUGGGUCGUUCUUUAGGGCAGAAGCAUCACUGAGGAAGGAAGGACCUGCUUGGAGGAGAGCAGCUCACCCCAGGCAGCCAGGAAGCUGAGAGCUAGGGAGGAGCCUAAAGGGAGAGACCCACUUCUGGGCCACGCCCCCACUGGCCUGUUCAUUCAAUCAGGCCCCACCUCCUAACCUCAACAUUUAGCUGUAGGGUUCCCAUGAUUCAGUCAUAUUCCAAAAGUCAUAUCUGUGAGUGCAUGCAUCAUUGGAGGGAUGUCUAGUUACAAACCAUGAUGGCAAAUGUAUGUCCUUCAGAGUGGUACCUGUGUUAUAACUAAGCAGCCUGCAUUACAGGACUCCACUGUCGCCCAAAGUUCCCCACCUGGCACUUAGGGGAAUGAAAUAACUCCUUCUGUGAGUCAUCCUUCUUCAUGUCUUAAGCAGUGUGCAGGUGGCUUCGUGCUUUUGAAAGUCUGUGACCGUCACUGAAGACGGGAUUCGGUGGAAAGCACUCUUGUCCGUUGUUUGGACAAGCCUUGUACAGCUGGAGAUACCUCUGGUAUAGAACUCUGUUAUCCAUGAGGUCUGCCCUAGUUCUGGGAAAAGGAGCGGUUCCGAUGGCCAUCCUGUCCUUCAUAGGCCACACUGGGUACAGAAUCUUCAGCCUGUCACCCUUUGCAUGUGAGGCUAUGAUAGCCCACUUUCCCCUACACCAUGUCCCAUUGGCCAGCCUUCCUUCAGCACUUUCCUAGUUCUUAUUGCAGAUUUUUCUGGAAGUGUAGAAUCCAAAAUAUAUCAUGAGAUUUUUUUAAAAUGUCCUGGAUAUCAAACCCAGGGGUUUUGUGCAUGUCAGGCAAGUAGAUAUUUAAGCUGCUACUGAGCUACACUCCCAACCCUAGCACAGGAUCUUUAAUAAGAACCAGCUACGUGCAAAGUUCUAUGGGAAACUUACAAAAGGUGAAAAGAUAACAAAAGAAUUAUGGGGGAGGGGAGGGGAUUUUACUCUUAUUUUCCAUCUUAGCAUUUUCCUGCCAUAAUUCCCGUUUUUGUCCCUUUGUACAAAGAAAUAAUGUUGGUGGUGGUAAAGAGGCAGUAGGAGAGGUCAGUCCUGGAGCUGUAGAGAAUUUCAUCAUGAUACUGGUAGCCUUGCCAGGAUCUGAUAAUGCGAAACAGAUCGCGUCUUGGGUUUAUGCUUAAUUGUUUAAAGCUUCUAUAGAAAACACGCUCCUUUAUUGUCUAACCCUACCCUCCUAACACCCUCCCCAAAUGCCCCCAGAUAGCGAUACAGAGAACGACACGAGAGUUCCUUUUAUCAUGUCUUUUUGGGCCAGCCAGCCUCUUCCUUUCCCUGAGGCAUCUCUAGUCAUUUCCUGAGAGUUUUGUUUCUGUGUCUGUGCUCUGAGAUGAAUAUCCACACACGCAAACUUGCAAAUAUUAGCCAAGCACACAAGCUUCUUUGCUUUUCUGUCUCUCGGCCACAGUGGUGGUUUUACAUGGAGCCACAGCACUGAGAGAGAUUAGGCAGAGAACUAGAUCUGGGUGCACUCACAUGGAUUUAUAAUUUUCAAGCUACAGUAACAAUAGUAAAAAGAUAUUUAUGUAGAGUCUUCUACAUGCCAGAUGUGUGGGUACUAUUACCUAAGAAAUUAAGUCCGAGAAGGAACAGGGCAGUAUACCUGUUCUUAUAGGCUUCCUGUUUGUACAUGUUUCUGAGCUGAAGGGCAUUAUAAAAUUGGGGCUCUGCAAUAUCCCUCAAGAAAAGUCCAGAUUAGUUUAAUUUUGUGAAUUUCUUCCUUCUCCUUUGUCUUUGUUUUAAGCAGUAACAUUGUAUCUGUAGUUUUUUAAGGAUGUUUAUUGAUCAAAUCAGGCAUAAUGCUAUGCUCGUAUAGUUCCAGCUAUUUGGGAGACUGAGGCAGGAGGCUCACCUGAACCCAGGAGUUUAAAGCCCAACCUGGGCAACAUAGGGAAACUCCAUUUGAAGAAAAAAAUAUAUUUAUUGAAAAGCUAACAUGUGCUUGACACUGUGUAUACCGUGUCAAGAUAGUUAAAAAUGCAAUAACUCAUCUAAGUAAAUCUGAAACUCAGAGGGGUUAAGUGAUUUGUUAAAGUUUAUAUGACACCUUGUGAUAAAGCCUAGUCUAGAGAAAAGUUGCUUUUAAAAUUUCAUUUUCAUUAGAAUAGAAGAGAUCCUACAUAAAUAAAAGGACACAUUCUGUAUUGAGAGCCAACAAAGAAUACCUGCAGUAAGAAUACCAGCUUGGAGAGGUGAUUCCUUUAAUGACUUCUAGCAGGGCACUCACUGAUGGGCUUAAUUAUUAGUUAUAAGAAAACAGGAGGCUCGUGUGACUUUUUUCCUCUCUUUCAUCACAAGUAAAUUUCUGUGGCCACUUCCAGUGUUUUCUUUGUUUCUGAGUUUCUUUCAUCCUUUCUUCUCUAGUCCCUCAAAAUUUACUUAAACAUCUUCUACUUCAAGCCAACAAAUAUUACACCCAAAUGAUUUUCUCUCAACCUGAGGUUGCUACCAGGAGGGGCGCAGAGUCACAGCUUAUAGCCCUGCAGGAUGUUAACUUCAAAUACCGUUGUUAGUGCAGCAGGGAGAGGAAAGAUGUACUAAACCUUAACCACAGCACAGCUUGGACUGUGGCCCAGUUUGUCUACACCAUGUGCAUAAUCUAUGAGUCUUGAAGUAAUUCUGAACCUGCUCUGAGGUUACCCAGAUGAAUGAUCUCUUCAACUGCAGCCCAGCCAGGCCUUUUGCAGGAAGGAGAAGGGACAUUACAUCACCGAUGAGAAAGGGAGUCCCAUCUAAUUAUUAUGUGACUUCACGCCAGACUGAACUCUGCAUUCCCCUCAAACUGAACACCAGAACACACGAAAGGUUUAGUGUAGGCUUAUUGUGAUCUUUGGAGAUAAGGUACAUUAGCCAUGGUCAUAAAGAGGGAUUGUUACAAGGCAGACUGGUCAGGAGAACAAAGAAAACUCAUCUGACCCCCACUGCAACAAACAGACAGUUAUGAAACAAGGUAGUCCAGUUGGAUCUGCCCUCACUUCACUGGUACCCUGCCAAUUAAAUGUCUUCUUAAAGAUAAUAAUGCAGAGAUGCUUUUUGAUCAGUUGAAACUUUUUUUUUACUGUGUGUCAGCCUGUUAACAUAUAGGCUUUGAGAAGGUGUUCCAUGUUCUUAAAAUAUCAAUAAAACACCCCCAGACAAAUCACUCAUUAAUGUCAUGCUCAUAGAUAAGUUGCUAAUGUGACGCACAUUCCCACUGAGACAAGCCAUAAAGGUUUAAAGUGGGAUUGCUUAUUUUAUUUGCUGCAAUUCUGUGGCAGUUUGCCCAGAUAUUUUUAAUAGGGAACUCUAGGAUUUGCCAGUUAAAAACACCUGGGUGGAUUUGAUCAUUUCGCAGAGAUGCUGAAUAACCACAGAGACAGCAAAGAACAGGUCUAACUAAACGGCCACGUGGGAGAGAGAAUGGUGCAAGACUUGGGGACUGUCACACCACCCAGCAAGUUACUACACCUGGGUGUCUGAUGUCCCACAGCUGAGGCACCUGAUACUCACCGCAGACGAGGUCAUCAGGCUGACUGUGGGCCCCAGAGCUGCAGCGGGCAGUGCUGUGCCUGGAGCUGCUUUUGCUCUUUGAUACAUUAGGUAAACAACAGUGUUGCACAAAAUGCUUCUUACAAAUUUCAAGUGGGCUUUGGGAAACAGUUUCUUAAAGCCUUUGAAUGUCUGAAGAAAUGCACAAGCUAGUGUUUUGCCAGCAACCUUUGCUGCUGUAAAAUCUGCAGAGUGAGAAGAGCAGCCGUCCACGUACGUGUGUGAAGGUCAGGUGGUUUGGCCUGCAUGUGCUCAUUUAUUCGUGUGUGUGUGUGUGUGUGUGUGUGUGUGUGUGUGUGCCUGUUGCUAGGGAGGAACCUCAGGGCCUUGUGUGUGUGAGGCAGGUGGUACCACUGAGCCUCACCCGCGCUCCUCUUUUAUUAUUUCAGUGAUUUUGUAAAGUACACGGUAUAUUUAGGGAUGUUUUGCAUAUGAGAAGCUAGGAAGGUUAACUUGCCUACAGUCACACAUCAAAGAAAUGACUGGUUCAAACUGACUGUCUGAGCCUGUGCUCUUAUUUACUGUGCCAGAAAACUCGCUAACACUUUCCAGCUCCAUCAUAAAAGCCAGGCGGAACUGCCAACCACAGCCAACAACAAUGAAAUUCAUGGCAUAAUAAUGUGUUUGGAAGUAUUGGAAUUUGAACUCAGGGCCUUUUUACUGAACUACAUCACCAGCAUUUUUUUUUUUAAAUGUUGAGACAGGGUCUUGAUAAAUUGCUGAAUGUCCCAGGAUGGACUCAGAAUUAUGAUCCUCCUGCCUCAGUCUCCCAGGGUGCUGGGAUUACAGGCAUGUGCCAAUCUACACCACUGGGAUAAUUUUCUUUUUUAAGUUCACAUAUAUAUUAGUGCAUUUGUUUAUAUUUGUGCUAAGGAUUGAACCCAAUAUAUUUAUACUUAAGUUCAAUAUAUAUAUUUAAGUUCAAGUUUUUAACUUUUUUUUGGUGUUAGGGAUGGAACUCAGGGCUCCAUGCCAACUAAGCACACUCUCAACCCCCAAGCUGCACCCUCAGUCCUCAAAUUUUUAUUGAAAGGCACAUGAGGUUUGCAGCAAUGGAAAGACAUACUAUGUUCCUGAAGGAGAGAGGACAGUGUGGAAAUUAUCAUUUUCAGUUCAGCCCAGCCUGUUAAAAACCCUAUGGGCAUUUCACCUGGAUGAAGCACCAAGAGCCAGGACAGUCACACAAGAGGGGAAGAGAAACUGUGAAUCUUAAGGGCAUAGAAAUGUAAGAUAGCAUAAAGUAACAAUGGAUGUUCAGUGAAUUUCAGAAGGUUAGAACCUUACACACUUCUAGCUAAAAUUGCAGCUAAGUUUUAAAAGGCAAAACAAAAUCCAGGAAAAAUUGGGUCAAUGUUAUGUAUCUCACAGGAGGGGAUUUUUGGGACUCCUGUGAGAUACAUAACAUUGUGUAAGAAAAGGGCCGAUUUAACAGCAAAAGGAUCUCAAAAGCUCUUGUACUUUUGAAAACAAUAAAGUAACACUAGAAGAAAAGGGAGAAUUGAGCUUUUGCAGUAUAUAUCCCGAGCAGGAAAUUAUUACUAUUAUUGGGAUGGGCUUGUAACUCAGGGCAGAGUGCUUUCCUAGCAUGUCAGAGGCCCUGGAUUUCAUCCCCAUUAAAAAUUACUAGCACUCUUAAUGGCCAAACCAAUAAAGAGAUAAUUGCUGCCUUUUGAAUAGGAGAAAAACUAUCAAUAAAUUCAACCAAAGAAGAAAUUGAAAUUUCCACUUGUCAUAUGAAAAAAAAAUGUUUAUUCUUCUAAGCAGUGAAGUAAAUAAAUCAAUAAAAGUAAUAAGAGGGUAAAUUUAAUACAAAUUUCACCUAUUAGGCUUAUACAAGAUGAAAACAAUAGCAGUGUUAGAACCCAGUAUUCUAUAGUCCUAACACUCAGGAGGCUGAGGCAGAGGACUCUUGUGAACUUGAGGUCAGCCAGGCCCACCUUGUAAGCUCAACUCCAGCCUGGACUACAGAGUGAGACCUCGUUAAAAAAUAACCCAGGUGGGAUAGGAGCAAAAGAACGUUUUCUUAAAGAGAAAUGUUGAGAGAAUACAAAUUAUAUAAAAUUUCUAGGGAAGGGGAUAUAAUUUGGCAAAAGGGAUAGUUUGACAUCUUCAGUAAUAAUUCCUCUUCCAGAGAUCUGUGAAAAAGUUGACAAUUUACAAAACAAAAUUUAAAAUUGGAAGAAUCCUGAAUGUUUAAUUUUUUUAAUUGAGUAAAACAAUGGAAAGCUACGUAGCCAUCACAAGUGUCCUGUAUGUAUAUUGACACAAUACGUAAACUUAUGUAUUUGUUUUUUCAUUUAUUUAUUUAUUUACUAUGAGCUGAGGAUUGAACCCAGGGCUUGCAGGUGCUGGCAAAGUCCUCUGCUGCUGCGUUUCCCUUCCAGCCCGAUAAAACGCACAGUAUGUGAUCAGGCAAAGAUGUCUGUAUGCAAAUGAGAUGGGGGAGUACAAACCACUAUGCAGAACACAGCCCUGCCUUGCAGCGAAUUAACAGCAAAACCUUAGCGCUAGCGACAUUACUGGUAUGUUUAUUUUGCUUACUUAUAUUUUUUCCAAUAAAUGUGGACUGGCUUUACAGUAAUCAGCUUUCAAAGUCACUUCUAUUAUAACAGCUGGGCACAGAUCAGUAUCGUAGGCAAGAGAGGCUUUGUCUAUUCCUGUCUGGCUUUAUAUUCUCUCAGUUUAGCGUGGCUGAAACAUCAAGAUAAGUCCGGGAAAGGGAAGCCUGCAGCUCCGAGACUGUUCUGUAAAGCUGGACUCCUAUUAUCUUGCUAGCACCCAGUUUCCAAGAAAUGAAGCAGUGUCCACUCGCCCGGGUGGAGAGCUGUUCAGGGUGUCAUAGUGAAAGUGUUUGCUAGCAUCUGCUCUCUCUUUUGGGGGAUUGGGGUUCUGGGGUCAAACCAAGGGCCUUGGACCUGGUAAGCAAGUACUCUACUACUGAGCCACACCCCUGCCCACAGUGUUUUUAAAUUUUCCAGGAGGUUUCUUCCAUUUCAAAUAAGUUUUGCUUUAGAGGUUGUUCUUCUGUUCACUUGCCUCCUUCUUUCCCAUUGUCCUUUCCUGUUAUGGCAGCUUCUGCUUGGCUUCAGAACAUAGAAACAAAUACCACACACACACACACACACACACACACACACGUACGCAUGCAUGCACGCACGCAAUGUCAUGGGUAGAUCUAUCUAUUGAUCUAUUAUCUAUCCAUACAUCCAUUCGGGUUGUUUCAAAGCUUUCCAGAAACAUGUUUUUUGUUUGUUUUCUUUUGUUUUCAAGGUGUUUUUCUGUGUUGCCCAGGCCAGCCCCAAACUCCUGGCCUCAGGAUAUUGCCUUGCACCACCUGUUGUGUAGCAGGGGUGACAGCACAGGCUGCCAAGCCUGGCUAAGCCGAGUGUCUCACUGAGCAGGCCGCUGAGUAGGAGUCCGAUGAGGCCUGAGGGUCACCUGUUGAUCUGUGUGCUGUGGCGAUACCAGAUCUGUUGAUUCUUCCUGUUCCAGCACUUCCUGGGAGACAGAGUUGACCGAAAAGGGAGUCCUCCUGGAAUUUGAGGGAAGGGGUCACAGAACUAAAAAGAGAAGUAGGAGGAAAAGUCCUGGGCAGAGCCACCAGCCUGCUGGGAAAAGCUAGGAAGGCAGAUAUCUGGCCGAGAGAGCCGAGUUCAAACCAAAGCAGGGCAGCCAGCAAGGGUUCAAACACCAACUUUGUAGUUUAUGUCCACUCGCACCUCCGGACGCCUGGUGACUGACAGUGACACCGGGAGGGCACCUCCAGAGCCCCUCGGAUCUGCACAAGAUGCUCUGCUGAAACCUUGCCAGGACCGCUGACUCUUGGGGGAAAACACACAUGGAAAAAAGGCAAUUUGGCAUCUAUUCAUAGAGACUGGGAUUCGAUUUAAUUAGGGGGGGAACCCCGCCUCCAUCUGGUUCUCCCGCUCAGCAGGGGGAGUGAUGUAGGGAGGAGAAGGAGAGGGAAGUAUUCUCCCCUGGCGCUGUGGGCUUCCUCCUCCGGGAUCCACGGAAAGAGCAUCCACAGGUGUCAGCUGGGCCCUGGCGCGGAGUGACCAUCUCUCUGCGGCGUCUUGGUGAUACACGGCUGUUCCCAUCUGUGUUUGUUCUC